UUAUUCGGAGCAAUGGCGUAGUGGUUCGAUAGAUAGGUGCCUCGGCCAUAUAUUGAACUGAACGUUGAAUAUAUCUAUUAUAUAAUGGUAUUUAACUGAACCAGUUUCUUACUUUUCCGAUUUCAGCAAAUAGUUGCGAGAUUUGGAAAAAUGUCUGUCAGCAGAAUAAUUGCACGAAAUUUCUCUUCGUCGGUCAUUACACAACAACUUGUAAAGCCUCCAAUUCAAGUUUUUGGAUUAGAAGGCAGAUAUGCAACAGCUCUUUUUUCAGCUGCAUCCAAACAAAAGUCUCUUGAUGCAGUGGAAAAGGAUUUGGUUAAUUUUCAGGAUCUCCUGAAAAAAGAUACUAAAUUAGCAGAAUUUAUAAAAGAUCCUUCAAUAAAACGGAAAGAUAAGUCAGAAACUUUUAAAGUUAUUGGUAGUAAGGUUAGUAUGAAUGGAGCUACUGCAAACCUGUUGACAUUACUAGCAGAGAAUGGCAGAUUGGGGAAAAUCAAUCAAGUCAUUAAUUUGUAUAAAUUAAUCAUGGCUGCUAAUAGAGGAGAAGUAGUGUGUGAAGUGGUUACUGCUAAACCACUAGAUGUGGAUAUGAAGACAAAAUUGGAAUCAGCUCUCAAAGGUUUUUUGAAGAAAGGGCAAACUAUUUUGCUCACAACCAAAGUAGAUCCUUCUAUUAUUGGUGGUAUGCUUGUGUCAAUAGGUGACAAGUACGUAGAUAUGAGUGUGGCUAGUAAAAUUAAAAAGUAUAGUGAUCUCAUCCAAGCUACGGUAUAAUUGAUUGAGAUAUUUUUCUGGUAAGAUAAAGUAAUAAAGCACACUCCAUCACAUAUAACUGUAUUUGAAUGUUAUAUGUAAGUUAUUGAACAAUGAAUAAAAUAUAAACUUCAACAUA